UGACUCUUGAAUCAUGAUCAUCAUUACUUUACUUCCAUUUUUACUCGCGGCCAGAUUAGAGUCUGGCCAAGACCCGACCAUCUGGAAAUAUGGUGCAGAAGUGACAUAUCUCGUACAAAAUCAUGCACUAAAAAAAUACCCGUUAGGUCAGAGUGAGUCCAAAAACUCUGACAUGACUUUUGAUUUAAAAACAAUGCUGACAUGCCAAUCAUUGGAAACAAAAGCCCAUUGCUUUUUCCACGACACGGUAAGUAAAUCGACGGUUGCUGGCAACAACAAACAUGCAAGACCUGAUGCUCAGUACAUUGAGCGAGAUAUCUGGACAAAGAAAGUCCUCCAACAGGACACAAUGACAAUUGAUUUCACCAAAAAUGGAAUAACUACUGUCUGGGUUGCCAAAGACGUCGAUCCAAUGGGCCGCAAUAUGAUGGCAGCUCUUGCGAUGCCACUCAAUAUCGGCCUGGAUUUUUCCUCAGAAGUAACUGGCAACUAUGAGACAAAAGCCAACACCUCUAAAGGAAAUUGUCUGACUAAAUUUCUGGUAACCCAAUCAGCGGCCGCAAGUCAUCAGAAAAAGUUUCCCAUGGAUUUAUUUCUCAUUGCCCAAGCCAAUCAACCUCUUAAUCGGCCCAUUGAGAUCACUCGCAUGAUGGAAGCUGGUGACAAGUGUCACGAUAAAUUCUUCGUUUAUUCGUUUUUCGCCAACAGGGAAUUGCGCGAUGCCAAACAAACUGACGUGGAAUAUCAAUUAAAUGCCUUUGAAAAUUUCAUGACCAUCAGCAAUGCCAACUUUACAUCAUUUUCAAAAGUCAAAGUAUCAAUAACUGAUCAUCGCGAUCAAUCUAAAUAUACUCUUGAAGAAUCUAUAAGUUUGACUCUGCAAAAAAUCAAUCCUAUUCUAUGUGAGCUACACGGAUACAACGAGUUCAACAAAGAUUGUACCAGUGAAAAAACUGCCAAUCACGCUGGAUAAAUUUUCGUAAAGCUCCCAAUCACUUACAAUUUUUAAAUUAAUUAUGUUCUUAUUAAUAAAGCUUUUAAAUGUAAAAUUAAACUGAAAAAUAUCAAAUAAAGAGUAACACAAUAA